AUUUAGUACAUUAUAUUCUAUUGUAGAAUUUUAGAUUGGAUUUUAACAGAUAUUCUAAACGAUGGCGUGGAACAUCAGCAACAAUUGUAGAAACAGAAAAUUCAGUUGUGUGGGGUGUAGUCUGGGAAUUACAUAAAUGCAAUUUAGCUACAUUAGACUGCCAAGAGAGUGUUCAGGAUAACAUAUAUCGUGCGAUGUCGGUGAACGUUGAAACUCCUGAUGGUAGAACUCUAAACUGUAGAGUAUAUCAGCAGUGUAACAAUCCAAAAGAAUAUAUAAAACCAGAAGACUUUCCAAUAGAUAAGAGGCCUUCACCGUUAUAUCUGAAUAUGAUUUUAAGAGGAGCUGAGGAAAACAAUCUUCCCUUUGAGUAUAUAAAAUUCUUAAAAACUAUCCCGCACAAUGGAUAUGAAGGAGAAUAUGACAUUAGAAGUCUACGGGGACAACUUACUCGCAGAGAGGAUACGUUUAAAUAAUCCGACUGCAGUAAUGAAAGACAUCGGUUACAUAAAGGUAUAAUUAAGGAAAGUAAUUACAGCUAGAUAUACAUGGGUUUUUAAUUUAUAUACUCAAGUUUAUCGAUUGAUAAAAUACUAAUCAAUUCAAUAUAAAUUAUUGCAAACUAUUGUACAGAUGUUUAAUAUAUAUAUGAUAAAUGUUUUUUUUAUUGUAUUGC